GUAAAGUGCCAAGGGGUCAGUUCUUUAUUCAUACAUACCUUGUGAAUACAUCUGCAUUUUCUGAAACACCAAUAAUUUUACCACACGAACAGGAUCAGCUCACUAGAUCGUUGAUGGUGAGACUAGACCAUGGAACCAUUUACCUCCUACCACCAUUAUCCUAAUUCAGUCCUCCCAGACACCUCCCUACUCUUACUAGAUUAACUAUCACCAUGGACGAUCUAAACGGCUUGAAUUGGAAUUCCACACCAUCUAAUAACGCCCGGAGACCCCCACCUAUGAGUUCCGGCCUCUUGUUUCCGAAUGUGAGGCGCAAUGAUACUUCCGGCCGGUCUACUCCCCUUUCUGCCUCCUCGGGGGCUUCGAACACGCCCUCUAAGUCUGCGACACCGGACAAAGACAAGGACAGCUUUGCCAACCUAGUUUCUUUCAAUUCCUCCAAUCAGAAUAAGAACCUGCCCCUUGUCGAGCAGCAGAAGAGGCUACAAGAAGAGAGGGCCAAGAAGGAGGCAGAGAACCGAUCUCGAUUUGAGUCGCAGUACGGUGCGCGGAAUGCUCAAUUUUGGGAUAACAUGGAGAAGGGUGGAAGCAACUCGCCUGCCGGAUAUGCCGCGAGUUCUACUCACCAGAAAGCUCAGACCGCUGACGAGGACGAUCUCCUUGCCGCCUUUGACGCUUCAGCGCCGGUAGAUGCAUCGACUCACUUCCCUAUACCUAGUCCUAGCCCGUCGCCGCAGGGAGACAUACGGUCGUCACAGCCUGUCUCCAAUGGGCUCGCCCCAGCAACACAAGGCAUUGGAAUGUCGUUCAUAGACGACGAUGAUGACCCUUUCGGCCUCAACAAGUUAAAAUCGAAGACAAGCCCGCCGCCACCUCAACCUGCACAAUCUGACGAUGAUGAUUUUCUGGGGUUACUGGGUAAGCCCGUUUCGGAAGUCCGCAGACCAGAACCACCGGCGAAAUCACCUACUCCUGAGCCCGCAGACCAUAUUCCAUCCCCCAAGCCAUCAAAUGGAACUGACCGAGCAGUUGCGGAGCUCGUCGAUAUGGGGUUUCCUGCAGUUAAAGCUAGCCAAGCUCUACGCAUGACGUCGACUGGAACUGAUAUACAGGCUGCUGUCUCAUUGCUUCUCACACAGGCGCACGAAGAAUCUCGGCAGCAGUCUAGGAGUAGACCUGCGGCUGAAAAUCGCUUUCCAAGCCACGAGGGCCGAAGUAGAGACCGAGCUGAGAGGUCUGACCGAGACACUCCGUCGUGGAUGCAGCAGGAACGAUCCCAUGCUUCAAGGAGUCGCAGCGAUAAUCGGUCACCUUCGACACCAGAUAAGGAUCCAUCACAGAUUGCCGCUGCCUUCGGCAAUAAUCUGCUGAAAACAGCAAACUCUCUUUGGAAAACCGGCAGCAAAAAGGUUCAGCAAGUCGUUAAUGACCUUAACACGGAUCAUGAUCCGAAUCAGCCCCGUUGGCUAAGGGAACCGCCAGCUCGCGACGAGUCAUCCCCGAGUGAACGCCGGCGGACUCCUGAUCAGGCCCAAAAGCAGCCAGCCGGCUUCACGGAUGAGGCUCUUCUUCUUGAAUCUGGCGUGGAUCCCCGGGCUUCACGCAAGACGACCCGGUCGAACGAUGUUCCCUCACCUCGCGUCCUUAGCAAUAACAACCACCGGAACCAACCCUCUCCAGUUGGUGAUAGAAGUAUGCAACAGCCUACUUUUAUGCGGCAACAGCAGCCAAGCCAGGCUAAGGAUCCCAGAAGUCGAUUGACCAAGGCUGCAGUGGACGAGCAGUCAGCGCAAGCAUAUGUCAGCCCAGCAAGGAGAAAACGGCCAACCGCACAGUCCCCAGCUCCUGCACAGAAUGUUGAUUUGUUCGAGUCCCCCGCUCCGCAGCCUGCUGCGCGUCCGAGGCCGUCACCCGCGCCCGCCCAGCCCACGCGGCCUGCUGCAGCAUCUAAACCUUUACCUGUACGACCGAAAGCUCCACCUCGAGUCAUUCCUCAAGUGUCUCAGGAAGCUCUUGCAUAUACACAUCGCCACCGGACGAAAGCGGCCGAGGCUUACAAGAGAGGCGAUUAUGCAGCCUCCCAUGAGGCCUUUUCUUCCGCUCUGUCAAUGCUUCCCGACAAACAUCCUCUCACAAUUAUCAUCCGUAGCAAUCGUGCCAUGACCGCGCUCAAAGUCGGUGAGCCUAAGGUGGCGAUUGGCGAUGCGGACAUUAUUCUGGAUUUGAUUGGUCCUCUGAAAGGGGAGGGCGAGAAUAUUGAAAUCGGAAAUAGCGAGCCUAAUAAACCGAUGAAAGACUUCUUCGGCAAGGCCUUGAUGCGCAAGGCCGAAGCCCUGGAGCAACUGGAGCGAUGGGCAGAUGCUGCGCAGGCGUGGAGACAGGCAGUUGAGAACGGUCACGGGGGUAGCACUAGUAUCCAAGGCCGCAACCGCUGCGAGAAGGCUGCUGGCAUUAGCAAACCUGCUCCGAAGCCUUCAGCACCUGCUAGACGGCCACCAGCCCAAGCACCUAGGAAAUCCGCAUUGGACGAUCUACAAGGGGGUGGCUCUUCAUCUGUAGACUCCGCCGCUGUCAGCCGUUUGCGAGAGGCUAAUAAAGCUGCCGAGCGUGCCGAUGAAGAAAAGUUCGCCCUUACCGACAGUGUCGAUGCUCGACUGACUGCUUGGAAGGGUGGUAAGCAGGACAAUCUACGAGCUCUUCUGGCGAGUUUGGAUACAGUUUUGUGGCCGGACGCCGGAUGGAAGAAGAUCAACAUGUCAGAGUUGAUCAUGCCGAACAAAGUCAAGUUGCAGUAUAUGAAGGGGAUUGCAAAGGUGCACCCGGACAAGAUUUCUACCACUGCCACUACGGAACAGCGGAUGAUCGCUGGUGCCGUGUUCGGUACGCUGAAUGAAGCGUGGGACAAAUUUAAGGCAGAGAACAAUCUAUAAAGAUCGGUCUCGUAUCUUCAGGUUCUAGUUGACUAGAACAAUAUUCUAUUCUUCAAUGCAAUACCCACUUUUCCCCGGAUUCUCUUUUUCAUUUUACUAUGUGCUACUGAAGGAACCGCGGAAGGUUUGAUGAUUAUAGACCCACGUUGUACAUAGAUAGUUUUACACUAGCCGCGAUGUAGCCAACCUUUUGUUUCUUCUCUCCUUCUGGUCAAGGAAGCUCAUUUAUGGGAAGCUUUUCUAACACGAGCCCCCUUGUCCA